AGGUGACGUGACAAAGCGAACCAACUCCGUUGCUGUUAACGCCGAUUAGCAAGUUUGUUGACUUUGGCAUUUUCUCGUUCUUCCCUCAACAUCAGAGCAGUGACACGAAAUAUGGACAAUAGCGGGAAAGAAAAGGAAGCAAUGGCUCUCGUUGCCGUGGCUGAUAAGAAAAUGAAGUCGUCGCAGUCGUUUUUCGGAGCGAUGUUUGGGGGUUCCUCCAAGACGGAAGAGGCCUGUGACAUGUAUGUGAGGGCAGCCAACAUGUAUAAAAUGGCCAAAAAUUGGUGUGCCGCAGGAAACGCAUUCUCCCAGGCGGCUCACCUGCACCUCCAGAUGCAGAGCAAGCACGAUGCGGCGACUAACUUCAUAGAUGCUGGAAACGCCUUCAAAAAAGCAGAUCCCCAAGAGGCCAUAAACUGCCUAAUUCGAGCUAUUGAGAUUUACACUGAUAUGGGGCGCUUCACCAUCGCAGCCAAACAUCACAUCACCAUUGCUGAAAUAUACGAGACUGAGAUGGUGGAUAUCGACAAGGCCAUUGCUCAUUAUGAACAGGCAGCCGAUUAUUACAAAGGGGAGGAGUCCACCAGUUCAGCAAACAAGUGCCUCCUGAAAGUAGCAACCUAUGCGGCCCAGCUGGAGCAGUACCCAAAGGCCAUUGAGAUCUAUGAACAGGUCGGAACCCACGCGAUGGACAGUACACUCCUGAAAUACAGCGCCAAGGAUCACUUCUUCAAGGCGGCGCUCUGCCACUUCUGUGUCGACAUGCUGAAUGCAAAACUUGCUGUGCAGAAGUAUGAAGAGAUGUUUCCAGCUUUUUCAGACGCGCGGGAAUACAAGCUGCUGAAGAAACUUCUCGAUGCCUGUGAAGAGCAGAACGUGGAGGCCUAUACUGACUCGGUGAAGGAAUUCGACACCAUUUCCCGGUUGGACCAGUGGCUCACCACCAUGCUUCUCCGCAUAAAGAAAACCAUACAGGACGAUGAGAGCGACCUGCGCUGACUUCCCCACCUGCUCAUGACCCCGAGCCCUCAGCAACCAACUUGCAUCCUACUUCUUGAGCCUCUCGCUUCCCUUCUCGCAGCCAUCUGAGUCGUUAUAUUAUAUUCCCCCGCAUAUGCUGCGUUUCUUUCCCACCAUCUGCAGUAUUUGUUCUUGCCUCUUUAAUCCGCUCGACUCAAAUGAUUCUCUUAUAACUAUGAACACCGUGUUAUUUGUUAUGAUCCAGGUCUUGGCCCAAUACAAAAAUAAUAACAAUACCAGCACACUUUUGAAAUAAAGUUUUUAUUUAAUUUUUCUCGUUACACAAUGUUUGAGAGGGUGCCAAUGUAAUGAUGGGGAUCAAAAGAAUAGUUUUUCCCAGAAUGUGUUUGAGAAUGAAUAUAUCUUACCAAAGGACACACACACUGGUCUUUGAUACCUUUUGAUUGCUGGAGUGUACUGUCGGUCAUCAGGGCACCUCUCAUCCAACAGCGCUUCAUCUCAGCUGCAGAGCUCCUCUUCAAGCAGAGAGGCCACGAGCUUCUGAGGUGACUCCAUGACUAAAUACCCACUUUGCCUUGUAUAGGGAAAAGUUCUCAGGAUGCUAGUAGCCCGAUUUGUGGAAAAAGUUAAGACAUCAAGCUUUUAAGAAGCGCUCUCAAUUGAUUUGCUAAACGUUUUGCCAUUUCCAUUUAAAGUGCUUUAAUUUUACAAAUAAUGACGAAAGAAGCUUGUCACCUUUUGUGAACAUUUGCAAAUUUCUGUUAAAGAUGAGAAGAUAAGAGCUGCCUUUUCCCCUCUGUAUAGGAGUUGGUCCUCAAGUGUGUGAGUUUGAGUGUUUUCUUAUUUUUUGUAAUAAUAUACGUGCUUUUUCUUCUGUCAUUACUAACCAGGCUGAAAAAAUGCCUGCACAGGAUGCAAUACAUCAGCUUUACUGAUCUGAACACUGCUCAUGUACCCUCCUGGUGAUUUUGUCAAGAGACUAUUGGUCUUAAAAGAUGUGUUCGUCAGUUGUGUUUCCUGUCAAGCAUUUGAAUAAACCUGUCUCAGAUGCAA